UUUUAUAGAUAUGGUAGUUCGAAUUGCUUUCACAAACUGACAAUUCAAAUUACACUUUUUUUUUUCUCUCUCAAGAAACUCCAAUAACCUAGGGUUCUUCCCGUUACCGAUCUGUUCAUGGCAGAGGAACCAGUAACUUCAACUGCAUCAUCGCAGUCCUCAUCGCCGGCGGCUCCUCUGGGGGCGUCGGUGAUCCCGAUAGUGAACAAGCUACAAGACAUCUUUGCGCAACUUGGGAGCCAGUCCACGGUCGAGUUGCCGCAGGUGGCUGUGGUUGGAAGCCAGAGCAGUGGCAAGUCCAGCGUGCUGGAGGCGCUUGUCGGGAGGGACUUCUUGCCGCGAGGUUCCGAGAUAUGUACGCGGCGACCGCUUGUGUUGCAGCUGCUGCAAACUAAGAGGAAGUCUGACGGCGCCGACGAGGAAUGGGGGGAGUUCCUACACUUGCCUGGCAAGCGGUUCUAUGAUUUCUCGGAGAUCCGGAGGGAGAUUCAGGCUGAGACAGAUAGGGAAGCAGGGGGAAACAAAGGUGUUUCAGACAAACAGAUCCGAUUGAAAAUUUUUUCACCAAAUGUACUUGAUAUCACACUUGUGGAUCUUCCCGGCAUAACAAAAGUUCCUGUGGGUGACCAGCCCUCUGACAUUGAAGCACGGAUUAGAACAAUGAUCAUGUCGUAUAUCAAACAGCCAACUUGUCUGAUUUUAGCUGUUACACCAGCAAAUUCGGAUUUAGCAAACUCAGAUGCACUUCAGAUUGCUGGAAAUGCUGAUCCUGAUGGUAAUCGAACCAUCGGUGUUAUUACAAAGUUGGAUAUUAUGGACCGAGGAACUGAUGCCCGUAAUCUGUUGCUUGGAAAAGUGAUUCCCCUUCGACUUGGUUACAUAGGUGUUAUUAAUCGUUGUCAGGAGGAUAUCAUGCUCAACAGGAGUAUCAAAGAUGCACUCGUGGCUGAGGAAAAGUUCUUCCGCAGCCGUCCAGUAUAUAAUGGUCUGGCUGAUCGCUGUGGCGUUCCGCAACUGGCAAAGAAGUUGAACCAAAUACUAGUACAACAUAUCAAGGCAAUACUUCCAGGGCUGAAAUCACGCAUAAGUUCAACUCUGGUUUCUGUUGCAAAGGAACAUGCAAGCUAUGGCGAAAUCACAGAGUCUAAGGCUGGCCAGGGAGCGCUUCUUCUCAACAUUCUUUCAAAGUAUUCUGAAGCAUUCUCUUCAAUGGUGGAGGGGAAAAAUGCAGAAAUGUCCACAACAGAGCUGUCUGGUGGAGCACGAAUACACUAUAUUUUCCAAAAUAUUUUUGUUAAGAGUUUAGAGGAGGUUGAUCCAUGUGAGGAUUUGACUGAUGAUGACAUUCGAACUGCCAUACAGAAUGCAACAGGUCCUAAAUCUGCACUAUUUGUACCAGAAGUGCCAUUUGAGGUUCUUAUCCGGAGGCAGAUAUCUCGUUUAUUAGAUCCAAGCCUUCAAUGUGCAAGGUUUAUAUAUGAUGAGUUGAUAAAGAUUAGCCACCGGUGUCUGGUUAAUGAACUACAGCGAUUCCCUGUUCUGAGAAAGCGUAUGGACGAAGUUAUUGGUAACUUUUUGAGAGAUGGUCUUGAACCCUCAGAGACAAUGAUUGGCCACAUUAUUGAAAUGGAGAUGGACUACAUAAACACUUCUCAUCCAAAUUUUAUCGGUGGGAGCAAGGCUGUAGAUAACGCAUUACAACAAAUCAAGUCUUCCAGGGUUGCUCUUCCAGGAUCCAGGCAAAAGGAUGGUAUGGAGACUGAUAAGGUGCCGGCCUCUGAGAAAAGUCUGAAAUCUCGGGCUAUUCUUGCAAGACCUGCAAAUGGAAUUGUGCCUGAUCAGGGAGUACGACCUGCGGCUGAUGAAAAAUCUGCACCAGCUGGAGCCCCAGGCGGUUCAAGCUGGGGAAUUUCAUCAAUUUUCGGUGGUGGGAAUGAUAAUCGCAACUAUGCUAAGGAGAUCCCAAUAAACAAGUCAUAUAAUGAACCGGUUCACAGCCUAGAGCAAGCUUUCUCUAUGAUUCAUUUACGAGAACCCCCAACCAUCUUGAGGCCCUCAGAAAGCCAUUCGGAGCAGGAUUCUAUUGAAAUUACUGUCACAAAACUGUUGUUGAGAUCGUACUAUGACAUUGUUCGAAAGAACAUUGAAGAUUCCGUGCCAAAAGCAAUUAUGCACUUCCUGGUAAACCACACAAAACGUGAGCUUCACAACAUUUUCAUUAAAAAGCUUUACAGCAGAGAGAAUCUGUUCGAAGAGAUGUUACAGGAACCUGAGGAGGUUGCAUCGAAAAGAAAGCGCACACGAGAAAUGCUCCGAGUUCUUCAACAGGCAUUCCGGACAUUGGAUGAAUUGCCAUUGGAAGCUGAAACAGUUGAGAGGGGAUACAGUGUGGGUGCUGAUAUGACAGGUUUGCCCAAGAUUCACGGUUUGCCAACUUCAACAAUGUAUUCUCCCAGCAGUGGUAUGAAUGAUUAUUCCUACACUCCUCCCCCCAAAACCCAGAAAUCUCGAAAGGCUUCUCACUCAGGAGAGCUGCAGUCACAUUAUGCAGAUAAUAAUGGAAGUGGGCGUUCGUACAUGACUGGUAGCUAUCCCCAAGUUGAUUUGUGAGCCGCCCUUUUGAACGCGUGAAUUGGUCAGCAUCAUUACAUUCAUUUGUGAGCCACCCUUUCCAUAUUUCUCAAGAUCAUUAAAUCAAGUCUUCCUAGUUGGCUAGGUUGGAAAUUAGUUUUCUUAAGAGCUAGAGAUCUGCGCGCACCGCAUAUCUUUGUUUUUAUGUUUCUCUUGAGCAUUAUAGGCGGGUUAUAAUUGCCUUAUUCUAUCUGGCUCCAGAAAGAAUGAUAGGGAGCAAAUGAUCUCCUUUCUUGUCAGUAGUUCAUAUAUUUAUAUAUUUUUUUGAUGAGUUUCUUUACAAGGGGACUCAUCACUGGUUUUAAUGUUUUCUAGCCAAUAUUGUGGCUAAUACAAAUGGUCAGUGUCUCUUGACAAUUAAACUCAAAUGUCAACCCCAAGCCAGCCAGCCAGCUAGUGUCUUACUUGGUUAUCUGUACAGAAGCUAUAUGGUAUUGGAUUUUUAGGGUUCUCUAUAUCUGAAUAAAUUGAUGUGA